AUGUCUUCAGUCACAAAGCCUCACCAGUUCAUGCAGACCUCGGGCAACACCGAUGCCGUCUGGGUGCAUAAGGACAAGUAUGCCAACCGGCCCAAAUUCCAGGCACUCAAGACGAGCAUGAGAACGGAUGUCUGCGUUAUCGGCUCGGGAAUUUCUGGCAUCUCCGUCGCCUACGAGCUGGUCAAGCGCGGCAAGGACGUCGUCAUACUCGAGGCCCGCGACGCCAUUUCUGGCGAGACGGGCAGGACCAGUGGCCACCUGUCCAACGCACUCGACGAUCAUUACAUCCACAUCAAGGAGAAGCAUGGCCUGGAGGGCGCAAAGGCGGCUGCUGAGAGCCACACCUGGGCGCUGAACCAUGUCGGGGAUGUUGCUAAGGAACUGGGUAUCGAGUGCGAGUACCGACAGGUUCCUGGAUACGAAAUCUCCCAGUUCCCACGAGGCGACGAGAAGCACGCGGAUGAUGUCAGCGAAAUCAAGGAGGAAGCGCAACUAGCCAAUGAGCUUGGCCUUGAUGUCGAGUAUCGCGAUGGGCUGACAAUCAAAGGCUGGGACGGGAAGAUCGAUCAGCGUGACGGAGCCAUCUUCCAUCACCAAGCAGCCUUCCAUCCCACGCUGUACCUCGUCGGUAUCCUUGGAUGGCUUCAACAGCAGCCCAACUUUCAUUGUCACACUCAGACCCGAGUGAUGUCUCGCGAGGAGAAAGGAACCGAGAUCCUGGGCCUCGGCCAGAAACAUGUCCAAGUCGAGACCGAGGAGGGACACGUCGUUGAUUGCGAUUACGCCGUUGAUGCGGCAUGCAUUCCGCUGCAGAAGCUCAGUCUGAUCACCGAGAUGGAGUACAUGCGAACGUACGCCAUUGCAAUUCGGGUGCCUAAAGGCUCAGUCGAGGACUGCUUCAUCUAUGAUUCUGCCGAGGCAUAUAAGUACGCUCGCCUAACGGCGUGCGACGACAAAGAUGACUACAUGAUCGUGGGCGGCUGCGAUCAUAAGGUUGGCCAGGAAAGCCCAGCGGGACGUUUCGAAGAACUGGAGGCGUGGGUUCGAGAGCGCUUCACCCAGGCUGGAUCAGCGGACUACAAGUGGAGCGGCCAGGUCAACGAGCCGGUUGACUACGUGGGCUUCAUCGGCAAGAAUCAAGGCAACGAUCGUAUCUACGUCGUCACCGGCGAUUCGGGCAACGGGUUGACUCACGGUGUCAUUGCGGGACGCCUGAUUGCCGACGAGAUCGAGGGCAUCGAAAACCCUUGGGCGAAGCUCUACAACCCGAGCCGAGUCGCUUCCAUCGCCAAGUCGGCCAUAUCUAUGAUCCAGCACGACCUACAGGUCAAUACGCAGUACAAGCGCUUCCUCGAAUCUGAUCUCACGGACAUUGAGGAUUUGGUUCCUGGCACAGGAGGCGUGCUGAACCCGACGCUUUCCAAGCCGAUUGCUGUCUACAAGGAUGAAAACGGAGAGGUGACAAAGAUGACUGCCUUGUGUCCGCAUCUGAAGGGUGUGGUCUGUUGGAAUCCUGCUGAGAAGUCGUUUGACUGCCCUGUCCAUGGCAGUAGAUUCUCUGCCAAGGGCGUAUGUGUUAUGGGUCCGGCAAAGGCAAAUUUGAGUGCUGUAGAGUGA